AUGGAGUUUACAGCUUUGGAUGAGGAUGCAACGUUCCCAAGAAUCGUCUUGGCAAAAACAAGCAUAUUAAGUGCGUGUCAGAAGGAAAGGGACUCUUUUGUCAAUGUGGUUGGUAUCGUAAUAUGGAUCGGUACAAUUACAGUAACAUCACGUGACAGUGGAGCUUUUGUGAAGAAGAGAACAUUGUGUCUAGGUGAUGAUUCAGGCCACAGUGUUGAUCUAUGUCUCUGGGAUUUAAAAGCAGAAGAAGAGGGCUCAUAUAUACAGGAGCGGAUAGACAGUGGAGUUCAGCCAAUAAUAUGUGUCAAGGGUGGAAAGGUAUCGGACUACAAUGGUAAAUCACUUUCAGCAAUUGGUGUGAGCACCAUUCUUAUUGAACCGGAAAUGGAAGCAGUGGCUGAUUUGAGAGAAUGGAUGACAUUGUACUACAAUGUCACUAACUUCAUACAUUUGAGCACUUCAUCAUCCAGACAGACUGUUAGCCACACCACUACUUUAUCAGAGAUAUCAAACAUGCAGUUAAAGGUGUUAGAGAGUUCCCCUAUCUAUAGAGUGAUAGCUACUGUGAAGGAAAUGAAGACAGAUGAGUUUUACUAUAAUGCAUGCAUCAAUGUCGUGAAUGCACGGCAAUGUGGCAAAAAAACUACCCGAACAGCAGAUGGUUGGUUCUGCAGUUAUUGCAAUAUUGAGUCUGCCAACAUGGAGUUCAAGUAUGCUCUAAAGAUGUGCAUCGAGGAUAGUAGCAGUCAUGUGUGGGCCAUUGCAUUUCAAGAGGCUGCACAGGAAAUAGUGGGAAUGUCAGCAAAGGAACUAGCUACAAUGCGAGAUGAGAACUACCCUGCAUUCUCACUACUUAUUGAUG